CGGCAUCUCAUGUACAUCUACGUGCAUUCAUCCAGAAGUCCACCAGUAUCUGUUGACUACCAGGUCUCAGAUGUACAUUUGGAAAAGCAUUUCUGAAGCAUAGACUCCGGCUAAGUGAACCUUUUCCUAGCCUUUAAGCUCAACAUGGAUGAAGCUUUGUCAGGCCUCACUCCUGAAAAUGGAGACAGCUUUGUGAGAAUGAAGGAGGAAGAUCCCACAUGGGAGCAGAUGAGCAGCUCACAGGAGAGCAGCUCCCACAUUCGGGAGCUUUGUCGCCUGCGCUUCCGGCAGUUCUGCUACCAGGAGGUAGCCGGGCCCCGGGAGGCUCUGGCCCAACUUCGGGGACUCUGCCAUCAGUGGCUCAGACCAGAGACACACACCAAGGAGCAGAUUCUGGAGGUGCUGGUGCUGGAGCAAUUCCUGAACAUCCUGCCCGGGGAGCUCCAGGCCUGUGUGCAGGCGUAUCCUCUGGAGAGUGGAGAGGAGGUGGUGAUAGCGCUGGAGAAUCUAGAGACAGACACAAGAGACACAGGACAGCAGGCCUCUGUCUACACUCAGGGACAGGACAUGCGCCUACUGGUGACAGAAUAUCGAGGAGCCUCUUUGGAGUGUCAGAGCCUCCAGUUCCUGCCUGGGGUAGCCACCCUGAAGUGUGAACCUCCAGAGCUCCCCCAAGAGAACCCCCGAGAAGUGAGUGGGCCUGCUUCCCAGGGACCAGCCCCGCUCCAGGAAGAAAAUCCCAGAGGCAAGGCAGCCAUAGCUGAGAUUUACCCAACCAGGUCCCAGACAUCAGUGAAGACUGAGGAAGAAGAAGCCCAGACCCUUGUCCCAGAGGAGUGGCCACAUCUGAGUCUGGCUUGGAGGAACCUCUCUGGGGACUCAGCUCAGGAGAAGGUUACAAACCUCAGUCUGAUGACUGAAGAAGUUGUAACUAAAGAUGGGUUGUUCAAUGCAAAGCAGGAAACUUCUGAAGAAAUAGAACAAGAUGCUGAGGCCUCAGGGAUACCCAACAGAGAUUGCAUACCCUGGGUCCCUGGUAGUACUCCCGCCGCUACUGAAAGGACAGUUGCACAUUUGAACACUCUGAAGGACCGUCACCCGGGCGACUUGUGGGCCCGGAUGCACAUCUCAUCCUUGGAAUAUGCUGCAGGAGACAUUACCCGAAAAGGGAGAAAAAAAGACAAAGCUCGAGUGAGUGAACUGCUCCAAGGCCUUGCAUUUUCUGGUGACUCAGAUGUGGAAGAAGAUAACGAGCCUGAGACCCAGCCUGUUCCAAAAAAGCUAAAGGUGUCAAGUGUCCCAGAGAAGAAUUGGACCAAAAGAGACAUUAAACCCAACUUUCCAAGCUGGUCAGCACUGGAUUCUGGACUUUUGAAUCUCAAGAGUGAAAAGUUGAACCCAGUAGAGCUCUUUGAAUUAUUUUUUGAUGAUGAAACAUUCAACUUGAUUGUCAAUGAAACCAAUAAUUAUGCUUCUCAGAAAAAUGUCAACUUGGAAGUCACAGUUCCAGAAAUGAGGUGUGUGUUUGGUGUCCUGCUUUUGAGUGGAUUUGUGAAGCGUCCCAGAAGGGGAAUGUAUUGGGAAAUCUCUGAUGCCGAUCAGAACCUGGUUAGAGAUGCAAUUAGAAGGGACAGAUUUGAAUUGAUUUUCUCACACUUGCAUUUUGCAGAUAAUAGCCACCUAGAUCAAAAAGACAAAUUUACAAAAUUGAGGCCUCUCAUAAAGCAAAUGAAUAAAAAUUUCCUCCUGUAUGCUCCCCUAGAAGAAUACUAUUGUUUUGAUAAGACAAUGUGUGAAUGCUUUGAUAGUGACCAAUUCCUGAAUGGGAAACCUAUUAGAAUUGGCUAUAAAAUUUGGUGUGGUACAACCACACAGGGUUAUCUGGUUUGGUUUGAGCCCUAUCAAGAAGAAUCAACUGUGAUGGCAGAUAGGGAUCUUGAUCUUGGUUUAGGUGGAAAUCUAGUGAUGAAUUUUGCUGAUGUUCUUUUAGAGAGAGGUCAAUACCCCUAUCACCUGUGUUUUGAUAGCUUCUUUACAAGCAUCAAAUUGGUGUCAGCCUUGAAGAAGAAAGGAGUGCGGGCAACAGGAACAAUUCGUGAGAAUAGGACUGAAAAAUGUCCCCUUAUGAAUGUGGAACAUAUGAAAAAAAUGAAGAAGGGGUAUUUUGAUUUCCAAGUGGAAGAAAAUGAUGAGAUAAUUUUGUGUCGUUGGCAUGGUAAUGGCAUUAUCAGUCUGUGCUCCAGUGCUGUUGGCAUAGAGCCAGUCAAUGAGAUCAGUUGUAUUGCGGAUGGCAAGGAGAUCCCUCAGAUAAGUCAACCAGCCAUAGUGAAAUUGUAUGAUGAAUGCAGGGAAGGUGUAGCUAAAAUGGAUCAAAUCAUUUCCAAAUAUAGGGUGAGAAUAAGAAGCAAGAAAUGGUACUCAAUUUUGGUGAGCUACAUGAUUGAUGUAGCCAUGAACAAUGCAUGGCAGCUGCACAGAGCCUGUAACCCAGGUGCCUCUCUAGACCUCUUGGAUUUUUGGAGAUAUGUUGCACAUUUCUACUUGGAACACAAUGCUAAUCUGUCAGAUUAAGGCAGAUAAAAUGGAGACAAUGCAGACAUUAACAAGACACAGAAAAAUCACCACUAUGCUUCAGUUUGUGCUCUCCCAAAGCAAACCUGAUGUACGGAAUGAAAUUAAGUACUUAAGUAACUAAUGUUUUAAAAAUCAGACAUUUAUAUAGAGUUUCAAAGACUAUUAUGACAAGGAAUGUUAAAAAUUAUCUGUAAAAAUGUUGAACUCCAGUGGUACUUUUUUCUAUGUCUAAUUUUGGUGUUAGACAUGUGGGAAAUCAUUUAUUUGUUGAAUUGAUUAUCUUGUGCAUUUAAAGGAUGAAAUCCUGCCUCUUUUUUUUUUUGGUAAUUUUCUCUGGAGAAUGCCAUUUUAAAAAUGCAGGCAAUGUCAUAGUAACCAUAGAAUGGCGCUGAAUCCAUAGUUGAAAACUGAGACAGAGCCUGUGAGGUAAGGAUGAUCUAAACAUAACGUAGAGGAUAAGAGGCUGAAGACCCCAAUGUUGGUGUAAAACUGGAUCAGAUUGUGUGUAGGUGAGGAGAGCCAGGCGGGCUGGUUGGAAGAGGAGAGUACUGCAAAGGAAAAGCCAGAGGUGAAGCAGUGCCUCUGAAAAUUGAAGUGGAAGGUGUAUCCUACUGUGACCGUGGAAGUCAGCAGCAGAAGCCAGAAGAGUAAAGAAAACUGAGGAAAUAUGAACAAAUCAGAGUAACAAUAGCAUCACCAUGAGAAGAAAGGAAAGGACAGCAGUAGAGUUAAGUUGACAUAAAGCCCAUGUUGAAAUCAACCAGCAAGAUAAAUGAGUGAGUCCAGGAUUAAAGUCAUCAGGAUAGAUAACCCAAGGAAAAAUCCUUGAAAGAAGUGAAUGAUGUGAACCGUGACUGCUUAGUGAUGAAGUCUAGUACUGGUGAAUUAGUCUGGACGGUUAAGAGAAGACAGACCUGAUCUCAUUUUUGUGGGUCACAGCCACAACAACUCCUUGCCUUCCUUU